UUCACAGUCGUUUGUCGCACCAAAUGGAGGUGGCGUGGAUUAUUGUUUCACUUUGGACUAGGGUCAUCUUGGGAGAAAGUUAUUUGGCCGGCGAGCAUCGCCCACUUUGGAUCCUGGAGGAUGGACUAGCCAAGAGGCAGAGACAGAGCCGCCCAGAAGCAGAUUAUGAAACCACCACCAGGAUACCUGCGCUCAUGGGCAGAAGGCAGGGAAGAGGUGGUGGAGGCGGUGGAGGUGGUCAGGAGGCGAAAUCCGGUUCCAUUACCUUUCUUGUUAGGCAUGCAGAUCGGGAUGCACCUUAUCCGCCGCCCUCCUUGCCUCAACGACGGUUUAUGAUGCCUCAUCGUCUCCAGCUGCCUCAUCGGUACGUACAGCCUGUUCACAAGACCAGAAGUCACCGGCGAGGAGAACGUCGCCAGCUGCCCGUUUUCGAUAAUGGGCCCGGGGAGAAUUCCCUGCAAUUGGGCAUGGGCAACUACCCCGUUUUCGUGUACAACGGAACCAGGGGAGAGCUGAUUCUCAACACCAUGCUGAGCAGGAGGCGUUAUCCCAUGCAGGAACCAGUGCCAGGCCAGGUUCUCUAUCCACCAUCGACCCCCAUGUUCCGUCCAAAACCGAUUGUGGAGCGAUUCCGCUUCCCAGGACAGCGGCAGAUUAUGAACCUGACUCUGAUUCCGUUUUAUGCCCAAGAGGCCAUCAGUGAUCCAGCCCUAACUAGCACCUCCACCCAAGCACCCACCACCUCCACCUCCACCACGCCCAUACCAUCGCCUUACGAAACACAGCUGCCCAGAAUCGAGGGAGUGCUAACUCUGGGCAGGCGGAAGAGAAAGAAGGCCAAGCAGUAUGAGGCCUUCCAUUCCCCUCAAGAAGUGAUGCAAUGGCAGACAGUCCUGCGACGAUCCACUGGCCACAACGACAAUCAUCGACAUCAGUCCAGUGAGGAAGUGGAGCCGGACGAGCAGAAGGAGUUGGUGGAUCUAGGCGAUGGUGUGGAGGAGGAGCUCGAUGAACAAGACUGGCUAGCAGCACAGGAAGCCGAAACGGAGGUGGAACUACCUCCCGAGCCCACAGAAACGUCCACCGCCAGCAGCAGCGAGCCCUUCCAGAUCGUCUACAUCGAUGAGAGUCUGGAGCGGCCAGCCGUCGAAUCUCUGAGUCCCACUACGCCGCCACCGCCCUUGCGACAGAGCUCUCGAUAUGCCCUCAAAAAGAAGUACUAUGCAUUUCCAGUGUACACGCUGGGUAAGCUGCUCCAGCCACAAACACCAAAUCCCUCCAAGAACCUGCUGGAGAAAAGCGAUCGCUCGGCAAGAAGCUCCUUGGAAAGGGAGCCCAGCACCUGGUUUAUACUGAAUUCACGUUACAAGGGGCCCCACCACCGACCACAUGGAACGGACGAUCAGACCAAAUACUACACAUCCAAGUACAUAGAGAACGGCUUGAGACCGCGGAGAUAG